AUAGGUUACUACAAAGUGUGCAGGCGCAAUGUUUUAUCCGCCUUAGAGCGCACUUAAUAUAGGGAGUAGGGCGCCAUUUGGGAUUCAGCCUAAUAGAACAGGAGUUUGGUAAAACGCGGGGAAAUUUGGUUUGAGUUGUAUCGCGUGAUAUUAGUUAAGUGGAGUUAUAUGAAGUUAAUGAGCUCGAGCGAUGGAUAGAUAUGUUCUUAUUGUGGUAAUUAAUCAGGAAGCGAAGAAAGAAAGCUCAUUCAGCGGGAUUGAAGCUGCCAGAAAGGUGUAUAACAAGCUAAAAGAUAUUUGCAGGACUAACAGUACUUCACGGCUUUCUCCAUUUCCAGCUUGCUCUCUGAGUGGAACUCCUGCCUUCCCGAAAUGGUUCUUCGCUAUUCAAGCAACUUGUGGCUCAACACAGUUCUGUAGCUCCGAGUGGGACGAGCUGUGUGUGCAGCACAGUGAUGAUGACGAGUCUGUGCUUUCUCCUGUGGACAGCUGUGCCAGCGCCCUGCAAGAGCAAGAGGAGCUGAGGCAGCUGUGCGAGAUCACCUCGCACCUGGAGCUCUUUGAGGAUGCGGCGGAAUGUCUUCAUCAGUUAGCAGACAAACUUCCUCCUCCAGGAAGGUUCCUGUUGGAUGUAAUCUUGCUGUGUGAGGGCGAGGUAGGAACGAAGGACUUGCUGCCGGUGAUCGGCUCCCUGAAGCACAUGCAGGCUUGGCAGUCUGCACAGAUGACCAUCAUCACAGAGCAUAGUGCAGGAUGGCGUACAGCAGCCUCGUACCUGUCGGGCCGAGUGUGUUCUCCAUCUGAUGUAGAGACGUGUAUCGAUGCCUAUGAGCUUUGGAGAGGGGGACUGCUGAUCCGAGAGAAGAAGUUUGUCUCUGAGCUGCUGUUUGAGGGUUUCAGUUUGAAAUGGCAGAUCCGAGGUGGCUGGAGCCACACUUUCUUCCCACACUCAGACCCCUGCUGCUUUACAGACCACAUGAUUCAGCCUGAGGUGUUUCACUAUUACCAGCCAGUGCUGGAGCUGAUUCAGUUGGUUCGAAUCGCAGAUCUCCCAGUGAUUCUUCUUUCCAGCACCGAGUUUGAGCUUGCGUUGUCCAGCAAAUCCGCCAAAGCCAAGCUUCUUUUAGAGCAGCUCAGAGCUCUACGUGGACAGGUUGGGGCUCUGUUCUCACUUUCCUGUGUGGUGAGCGUCGAAGCUUUUCCUCCAGCCUCCCAGCUCAGUGCCUCCAAAUGGAGGGAUUUUGUGGCCAAGUGCCCGAAAGUCUUCUCUGCUCCAGAUGUCAAGGUGAAAGGAGAGAAAGGCCACUAUCUUCUCUUGGUUCAGGGGGCAGAGACUGGCAGUUGCAGAGCACGGCUGAUACACUCUGCCAAUCAGAUUAAUGGUGCCGUUGCUCUGGCAACGAUCAGCAGCCUUGUACAGGAAAACGUUUCAUUAUCCUCAGGCACCAAGGUUGCUGAUUGGCUGCACUCUCUGCCCCCUCUCUGUGGAGACGACCUCUUGCGGAGAGAGAGGAGGCUGGCCAGGGUCCAGCACCAGGUCGUCCAGGAAUGCGCCCGAAGAAGAGAGGAGGCACAGAAGCCUGCAGCUGUGCCGCUAAAUGACCUGAGAGUACUGCUGCGUCUGGCCAGAGAGCAGUACCUAAAGAUGCAAAAUGCCACGCAGCCCAGAGUAUCAUGUGUACCAGUGGAGGAGGAGAACCACACUUCUGUUACAGGAGCAGAUGUUAAGCACACGCCCCACUCAGAAUGGCCAGAGAGAAGUGUUCUGCGCAACUAUGAAAACACGCAGAAGAUCCUGCACAAAAACAGGUCUAGCCUCUUCAGCAGUGGCUCUUCAGACUGUCUCAUGGGCCCUAAAGAUGGCCAGAAGAGUGUUUGUGCACCACUUGAUGCACGAGAACUGCUUAAGCACUUCACUGCUGACGGGCUACCAAGUGGAGAACUACAACCGCUCCCUGUCCUCAGAGGGGACAAUGCGUUCCAGCUGUCGCCUGAUCUCACUCCCAGAAAAGUGACCAGGCUCCAGUUCAGGCAAGCAGCCAGCGCCCACUACCACGGCAUAGAGUUUUGCUUGGACGAGCGGAAGGCUCUGGAGAGAGACUGCGGAUUUGCACGCCUGCAGUCGCGGCUAAUCCGCUUCGAGACCCAGACUACGUGCUGUAAGGAGCCGUGUCCGGUGCCGCUGGCUCUGAGCCCUAUGCCCGCGCCUACUCCCUCACCCUCUGAACCAGGCAGCGUACCAGAUGGAGAAGCUGCACAGAAUGAACCACCUCGUCUCAAACGCCACGCCCAUGAACCAGAUCCACGCGCACACCAGCAGAAAAGGUUGGCCAAGUCAGAGAGCAGUGAGUCUCUGGGCUCUCAGUGCAGUGGAGGUAGUGGUACACACCCAGCCGUAAGAGCUCUGCAGCAGCGGUCAGGCCGUUCUCUUUCCUGCUCCAGCUCAACCAGACGCUCCACUGCUGGAGCUGAAAGUUCCAACGAGCCUCCAGCCAGCCAGAAAUGUAGCCAGGGCCAAACUGAGUCACGCUCGCAGAAACACAAUCGGAUGCUGAAGGAGGUGGUUGCAAAGACACUAAAGCACUGUGGCAUCACCAGCGAGCACAAGCAUUUCAAGGCUUGCAGUCAAAGACUUUUUGAUGUAUCAAAGCUUUAUUUGAAGGACCUGAAAACUUCAAGGGGUCUCCAUGAGGAAAUGAGAAAAGCAGCUGGUCAAAAUGCUAAGCAGGUGAUCGACUGGGUUGUGGAGAAAGCCAAAAAAUGAUGUGUACAUCAAAGGUCCCCCUUGUGUCACCAAAACAACUCUGACCCGUCGAGACAUGGACUCCACAGGACCUCUGAAGGGGUGCUGUGGUAUCUGGUUCCAAGACAUUAGCAGCAGAUCCUUUAAAUCCUGUAAAUUGCAAGGUGGAGCCUCGAAGGAUCGGACUUGUUUAUCCAGUACAUCCCACCGAUGCUUGAUCAGAUUGAGAUCCGGGGAAUUUGGAGGCCAAGUCAACAUCUUGAACUCUGUCUCAUGUUCCUCAAAUAAUUUCUGUACAAUCUUUGCAGUGUGGUAGGACGCAUUAUCCUGCUGAAAGAGGCCACUGCUAUUAAGGUAUACCGUUGACAUGAAGGGGUUUACUUAGUCUGCAACGAUGUUUUGGUAGGUGGUACAUGUCACUGGCGCUCAGAUCCUUACGCGUGCCCAUUGUUCCUGGUUUCAACACAUCAACUUCAAAAACUGACUGUUCCCUUGCUGCCUAAUAUACAGUAUCCCACCCUUUGACAGGUGCCACUGUAAUGAGAGAAUCAAUGUUAUUCACUUCAGCUGUCAGUGGAUUUAAUCUUAUGGCUGAUCGGUGUGUAUCGUCAUAUUUAUUAACUGGAGCCAUUAGAGCUCUAUUUACCUUAACUUAUUAAUGAACUUAUUUGUGAACAUUUUUCCCACAGAAUCGGUUACACUCUUACAUUUCAGCAUGUUUAAAUGUUUGAAAAGGCAGCUGCAAUAUAGUACCUCUCGUGUUUUGAUUAUGGUCAGAGAAUGUGCAUGUUUCCAAUUGCAGUAUAAUACACUCAAACCCUGAGAAAAUUAUAGUUACUUAUCAAUUUCCACUGAUCUCUAUUUUUUAAAAUAAGUUAAUUAAAGUUGCCAUCCUACAUUUAUUUUAUUAUGAGCAGCUGACCAAGAAAGGAUUAGGUUGGACUGGAUGAGCAGUUGAGAAAAGUAUUAAUGGCAGUCCAAUAUUUAUAUUUUGGAAAUGUCCAAGUUUUUCGGCAACCACAAAAUGACUAAGCAAACGAAAACACUAUAAAUCAGUCACCUAGGGCUGGGUAGUUCUUUGAUCAAUGUCCAAAUAUUAUAAGCAGACAUUUUUAUAGGAAUGGUUUCCUUUGAAUUGUAGAAAAAUCUAAUGGAAAAAGAAAUUUGGCCUCCUUACCCCAACCUCAUUUCUAGUAGCUAAGCAUUCAUUCAAAGCACCAGCCAACCUUGAAAUUGGCAACACACGAGCAGUGUAAUGAAAAGUAAAAACACUUCAGUUGCACUUCCACUUGAUCUCCCUGUUGGCUUAGCUUGGAUGACCUCAUCUCUCUGGUUUGGUGUUCAUCCCUCAGUUCAAAUAUAUAUAUAUUCUGUAUCUAUGCUUGAAUGAACCACAGAAGCAUGAUGGUUCCACUUCCCUUUGAAAGGAUGUUUGUCUAAUAUAAUUUUAAGAAAUUUUUGAUACAUCCUGGGUGCCUGGAGAUCUUUGGGGCGUUUACUAGUUUACUCUAAACAGCAUAUAUCCAACAGAUUGUGUUCACAAGGUAUACCUUUUAAAAAAUAUAUAUUGUGUAUAUAAUCCGGACGAGUUUACCCUUUUGUUCUGAUAUACUGCAGGCCUGACCCCUCUAACUCUGAGCCUCUUGGCCUUUUAGAUCUUUCCAAAGGUAAUGUGCAUCUCUCUUGAAGCAGUGCCCCCUGGCACCUCUUGUCCACUGUGGGCUGAAAGGGCUCUCACUUUUGGCAGUACUACGGCCUGCAUUCCAGCCUCACAGAGGCCUAUUGUUCUCUCCCCGGGUGCCCAGACAGCUGGUGGUAAACGAGGAGUUGUACAACAUGUUGGCAACCUCGACAGCUCUCAAAAACCGAUUGCAAGAUGAGCUGACUGGCUGUGGGAGCAGAAACUGUUGCUCUAGUUCAAGUGUUGCUUUAAAUUCCAGCUGGCUUUCUUUUAGAAUUAUUUUGAAAAACAGGCAUUUUGUAAUUUAUGCAGCAAUAGCCAGGGUGGUGUUCUAUCUGCAACUUGUUCAUGGUGUUUAAAUCAGAUUACAGAAUGAUGUGCCAGAAUGAGAUUUUGCAGAAAUAACUAACUUUUAUUGAUUCUGAAGUAUUACUCAUUUGAAACCCUGUUUUCUUUGGACCUGUGCAGUUCUCAGAACCUGAUACAUAUUGUUUGCGAAUGUAGGCAGGCACUGAUUAUUUUUAUACUAAUGCAAUGGGAAAUUAAGUAAGUUGAUACUUCCCUAAGCAAUGCAAAAGAACUACUUGUACCACUUCCCUUAAGCCUCUUCUACCAUCACAAGCAAGAGCCUGUUUUGUCUUUUGGUAGUGGUAAUAUAACAGUCAUCCUACUGGGGCCUCAAUAAUUGUUUUUAUAACUUGGAACCUGCUUAGGUUUUGUAAUUUGCAUGCUUAUCCAGCACUGGCCUUUGUAUGAGCAUAGUUUGACUAUAAACUGGCUUCAGGCAACAGAAAUAUUCAGUAAUGAUUAGCCAGCCUGACACUGACAGGAAAAUUUCAUGUAAUCAACAGGAUCGACACAAUUUAGCUUUUCAAUGUCUUAAGUCACAUUGAUCCGUCUGUACAUGCAGAAUGGUUAAUAAGUGAAAUCAUUUUUCAUGG